AUGUGUAGAAUUCCUCGAGGUUUGGAUGAGCGCACUGGAAUUGGUAACUAUGAUUUUUUUUUAAUUGACCUGAUAUACUAGGGGCUGGGUGAAAUGGGGGGAGAGAGAUAAGAGUUGUAUUAUUUACUUUGAUUAAUUGCUUUGGCAAUGCUGCUUUUGUAGUAUUGUAGAGUUGGAAGGGACCCAAGGGGUCAUCUAGUGCAACCCCUUGCAAUGCUUGUCCAUGUGAGAAAUGCAAACAGAUGGAUGAAGCUUUCUUCCUCUUUCCAUUGCAGAAAUUCAGGUGCAGCAAGCUGACCCAAUUCUGGAGGUUAGUAUCUGUGGGAGCAGGAGUGAAGACCAAGUACAAGGUCCCUUGGCACAGAAGGUUCCCUUGCCUCUGCUCCCCCCAAUCUCAGGAAAAUGCCCAUUUUAGGUUUUUGUCCCCUGGAGCACCCCCUUUUGCCCCCAUGGCUUUCACAGUUCUGUAGUCUAGGAAAGUCCUUUCCUGAUUGAAAGCCUGACGUUCUCCACUUCCAGGGUCUUUCUGGGGAUGAUCUUUUCCUCUUCUGUGUGGGCUUCACCUGUGAAAAAGCCUAUAAUGAGGGUGAGGACAGCGUGGAGUAUAAUAAAGAUGCUGUGUCCAUGGUCAUAAUGGUGAGUGAGGUUCAGGAUGAAAAAUCCAGUGGGGAGGUGGGCAGAAGGGGUGGGGUUUGGGAAACACUCUGUGCAAGGGAAGUUUGUGGCUCUUGCAAAGAAGAGGAAUUUGCAGGUAUUUGGGCUAGGCAUUCCAACUGCAACCAAAGUCAACCCCUGAGUCUCGGGCUGGAGCAGCCCCCCUGAAUUCCAUGGGGAACUGACUUUGCUUUUCUGCUGUUUGAACUCUUCUCAGGACAUCAUGGGGAGAUGGACCCAGUUUCCAAAUCCCGUGAGAAUACUGAAGAGGGGAAUGGAAGAUAUCAUCCGCCUCACGUAUGUUGUUGGCACUGUUUGUUUGUUUGUGUGUGUCUAUUCAUGGUAAUUGGAUAUUAGAAGUGGUGAGACAGAGAAAGAGAGAGAGAUGCUUGAGGAAAGGGCAGCCAGCAGUUGGCAGUAUGGUGCUAUGGAAGUUUCUUUUUUUGAAAAAGAAAGAAGUCUUGAUUGAUGACUUUUAUGCUUCCAGGGCUAGGUGUAUCCCCCCCACCCCAUCUCAUCCCUUCCUUGAAGGAAGCUGGAACUUGAUGGGUCAAUAGGGAGCUGUCUGGCAUGGAGGGGCUAUUUACUCAGUGGGUCAUGGAAGCUUUGAAUGUAUAGACUCCAUAGGUCUCAAAUUGUGGGGCUCUGUCUCAAGAGCCCUGAUCCAGUGGGGUCAGUCUGCGUGUCAGGCAUGGUCCUGAUUCUGGAACCUGGCUUGGUGUCUGCUCCCUCUGCCUCCAGUGCUAAUAACCUGGGGGAAGCCAGUUGACCCCUCCUGGACUUAGUUUGAGACACAGCCCAGACUUCUGCUGGGCGAUGGUGGAGGGGGGGGGCAACAUUUCAGAAGAAAAAGAUAUAAGAAGGGCAUGAGAGGGGCUUAAGGCUCGCAACACCCCUGGAAACCACCCACAGGUCUUUGGAAAACUCAUCAUGUUGUUUCUUGCUUCAUCUUGACAGUUUCAUGAAACCUCCAUUUAUGCAGAGUAAGAAAUCGGCCAUCAUCCAUGGGACGCUUUUUCCAAUUGCUCACACUUAUGGACUGAAUAAUGCUGAAAAGGAGGUAAAGUCUUUGUAGCUUUGAUCGUUACUCUUGAGUUUUGACUUCUACUGGUUCAAUUUAUCUCCUGAAAGUUUUGCACCAUCUUUUCAUUUCUUACUAUUUUUUUUAGUGAGAGAGUAAGCUUAGUUGCACAAACAAUGUUUUUGGUUUCACUGGUUUCCAGCUAUUACACACAAAGAUUUUUUAAACAUCAUCUCCAAUCAGAAAGUGCAUUUUGCCUCAUUUUGUCAGUGAGCGAAAACUUAGUCUCAUUUGAAGCUGGCAUUUGUCUCUCUUCUGCCAGUUUGCUUUAGUACCACCCUUAUCCAAUGCUAAAAAUCUGUUAACUAUUCUCACCCCCAUGUCUUUCCACAUCAUGUCCUCCUGUGAAUCUGUGAAUCCACCUCUGUGAAAAUGGUUUUCACCACCAGGCUCUCAAGCAGCUGCUUCAUGCAACUGUGAGGCGCCUGCUGACUGAGGACCCAACCGCUCAGUGCCUAAGAACCCUCUUGGAAGUAAGUGUGUUGGUGGGACGAGGGUAUUGAUUCAUUUCAGCAGAGCCUGCUGGCAUAAAAGCUUGAUCAGGCAGCAUCACAAACCCAGAACAUGGGUGUCUCCUUACACGCUGGGGAAGGGCAGGCCACUCAGACAGGGGCCCACCCUUGUCAAGGCCCUUUCUUCAGUCUCCACCUGGGUGCAGCAGUUGUGGGGGGGGGGCAAAGCAAAUUUGGGGCUGGGUAACUUGGGAGAAAGUAGUUCUUUUUUGCUGUUUGGAACAAUGAGCAAAGAAUCACCCUCAGAUAGUGGGGGAGACUUCUCGGUGGAAGCGGUAGCUUGCCUCUCUAGCCGAAACCAGCCCCUAAACUAAGGUCCUUUUUCCUCCCACAGGCACUGGCUUAUUAUUUCACUAUGGGGAACGAAGCAGAAAGGGAUAUGGCUACCAGCAGCACCCAUGUUUUGCUGGAACAUGCACUGAGAUCCAUUAACCUGACUGUAAGUACUCUAUUUUAUGGCCCAGAGAGGUUUCUCAAGGUGGCUUACUGAAAUAUACUCAGAGUCCUACAGUGAUUUCAUGCUCUUUAUUGCAGCUUGUAAAACAGUGAUUGAUUUCUGCCCCAAACCUCAGGAUUUUAUAUACAUUAUUUACACAAUGAGUCCCGUCUGACUAGCUGAUUCUGCUUCCCUCCUGGAGCCUGAUUGGUCUUUUCCUGCAAGCCAAUCAGUUGUUGCAUUCUAGGAUCCUACUUGCCUAUUGUUCUAUGAUCCAAGCUUAGCACAGUGGUACCUCGGGUUGCAUACACUUCAGGUUACAUACACUGCAGGUUACAGACUCCGCUAACCCAGAAAUAGUACCUCGGGUUAAGAACUUGGCUUCAGGAUGAGAACAGAAAUUGUGUUGCGGCGGCGCGGCGGCAACAGGAGGCCCCAUUAGCUAAAGUGGUGCUUCAGGUUAAGAACAGUUUCAGGUUAAGAACGGACCUCCGGAACAAAUUAAGUACUUAACCCGAGGUACCACUGUACAUAACACUUACAAAAGACUCUCAAUGAAAGUGAUAUCCAAGCUUGGUGUCAGACAGAGAAAUAAUGUGGUCUCCCAGUAUGUCCAGGAUUAUUCAGGUGGUAUUUUGUGCUCUUCUUUGGUGUUGCCCUUUGGCCUCCGCCUACUAGGCAGCAGAGCCCACAGAGGUCCUAGGAGGCAAGGGAGUGAGGUAAAAAAAGGACCUGAUUCAGACUUUUCUUGAUUUUACAGGCUGAGGUCAUAAACAGCGCUCUUCCCCAGCAGUUCUCUGCACUGUUCCAAAACAUCAGAGAAGGCAAGUUGUCCAUUCUGCAAGCACAGAACAAACCCACAGGACUCACUCUCCACCCCAAAGCCAUCCUUGGCAGCCUAACUGGGGUCUGAGGAGAGCUCACUUCUUUGCUGUAACACACCUGGUUGCUGUAACACAGCUCAGUUUGAAAUCCCAGCCCUGCCUCAAAGCCCCCAAGCAAGGUGGAGAGUGAACAGUUGUUCCCAGAUGCCAUGGGGAUGCUGGCUCCAAGUGGUGGACCCCCAAUGGUCUGGCAAUGGGGAUGGGGAUGUUGGGGGUGGGUAGCAGCCCCACUGGGCUUUGCCAGGGCAUGGGAGGGGGCAUGAGCUGCCUAAGAAUGCCCAGUGAUGGGUCUGGGUCUGGUUGUAAGGAAGACUCACUUCACUUCACUUCUUUUCUCUUCCAUCCAGCGGACAUCCAGCCUGCAGUUGUGGAUGUGUUCCCAGUACUGA